AUGUCUGACAACGUUGGCCUGUCCACGCCCCGCGGCAGCGGCACCUCGGGCUACGUCCAGCGCAACCUCGCGCACAUCAGGCCCCGCGACCAAGCCGCGCCCUACCCCAAGGACCUCGACAGCCUGCGGCACCGACAGCGCCAGCCCGACAAGGGCAUCCUCGAGCACGACCGCAAGCGCCAGAUCGAGGUCAAGGUGUUUGAGCUGCGGGACAAGCUGGAGGACGACGAGGUCGACGAAGAGGAGAUUGACCGCCGAUGCGACGAGCUGCGGCAAAAGCUGACCGCGGAAGCCGAAGUGGGAAAGAAGACCGGCGGCCCGAGAAAGACGUUCAAGGAGCACCAAGUCCAUGAGAUGGCCGACGCCAAGAUCAAGGAGAGCGAGCGGUUGCGAAGGGCCCUCAAAAUCAGCUCCGACUACGAGGAGGGCAGCCACUGGAAGCGACAAGAGGAGAGGCUGCGGACAGCCCUCGACAGGGAACCGGAUGCAAAGGAGUAG